GUGAAAAGUAAAAAUGUUGCGCGCCUUUUUUUGUACUGUGCUGUUCCUUUUGUUGUUUUUUAUUUACCGGAUAAAUACGCGUGUCAUUUUCUCAAUUAUUUUGUGUUUAUAAAAAUUUUAUAUUUUUUUUCUGACAAAAGGUUGUCGAAUGGUAUCGAGGUUUUUUCGACACAUACUAUAAAGAUGUUUCACCUCUAUAUGGUGAACGAACAGAACUAGGAACUUUACACUAUGAUCAGCAUCUCCCUGAACAAGUUCAUGCUCAGAACGCUCUGUAUUUUUCUUCCUGUUUUGCUCACGAGUCAUAUUUGAGUGAUGCACUGAAGUGGUGUCGUGGAAAGCGAUAUGUCCGUGGAGAACUUUUUUCCAAGUUACUUAUAAGCAUAAGGAUAUGGCUAAUUCGAAAAUAUCUUUGCGCAGGCCUUUUCCGUUACCGAGAUAAGAGACAUUAUUUCCUAAAAACUGACUCUUAUUUAUUGCUCCGAAGGCAAGACUUUUUGGUGAAAUUGAUUACUUAGGCAGCUGUAACUUUGUACUUAAAUUCUCUGGCAGUUGUAAUUUUAUAAAAACGUCUUCCAUCGGUGGAGAGAGCGCGCAAAUUUUCCAAAUUUUGGACUGUUUCCAUUUUUAACCAUGUCGGAUUUCUGCUUUUUUCACGAUUUCUACCAAUGAAAAGUAAUCUCGCACCUAGCAACAUAUCUCUAUACUGUACUCGAGCUACUUAUGGUUAUUUUAUUCAUAAAGAUAUGAUUAUAUGUAGCCGGUAGAAAAGGUAGUUAUUUUACGGAGAAUGCCUUCUAUCUCGGUAACGAGAAAGACCUGAGCAAAAAUAUUUUCGAAUUAGUCAUGUCCAUAUACUUAUAAGUAACGUGCAAAAAAGAUUUUUCUUCAACUUGUCUGCAAAAAAAAUCCAGCCAAAUCUAUUUCGACUCGAUAUGAGUCACCAUCAGGGGCGGCGGAGCGUUUUGAAAUUUGGUAAGGCUCAGGCUUGACGGUUUUUGCUUUCUUUGGAAAACGAAAAAGUCCAAUACAAAAAUGCAUCGGAAAACAAUUUCUACUUCCUAAUUUUUGGUAAGGCUCAGCCUAUCGGAGCCAAAAUUUGAUAAGGCUCAAGCCUUAACACGCCUAGUGGCUCCGCCGCCCCUGGUCACCAUGUCUCGGUGAAAAACUCGAAUUGUAAAUGUGCUCAUAAAACCUGUUUCUGUGAGAUUCUCUUCUAUUUUGUUUUUCGUGAGAAAAAUUUUGCUUUCGUAAGACAAUACGAAUGUAUAGAUAGCAGUUUAACCUUGUAUUUGCAUGUACAUUUACGAAGAACUCUAGUGAAACGUAUUACGGCUUGUCCAAAUGUUACGGAAUUACUUUUUUUCAACUUUCACGUGCCAUAACUUUUCUGAGAAUGAUCCAAAUGCAAUGACGCUUUUACCAGAGGUAGACAGUACCGAGUUUUAUCACGUCCGAAAAUUUCAUUGAGUUUGGAUCAUGCCAUAUCUCUUAAUUUUUUCGCAAGAAUAUCUAGGUCAGGAAAUUAAAAAUAAAGUUUGGAUUUCAUUUUUUGAGGUCAAAAUUUAAUUUUUUGGAAAUUUUAAGUUGAUAUUCGAAAUCAGCUUCAAAAACUACGUUAGACGAUGUGCUUCACAAAUUCUUAAAGUUAAAAAAAGAUUUUCGAACCAUCUUAAAUGAAGGUGACCGUUAGCUGGACAGGCCGAUUAAUUAUUUUUAUAAAUUUUUUAAUAAAUCUGUUUUUUUAUAUGUUAUAUGUUAUUAUACCUCUACAUUUUAUCGGGCAUAAAACAAUCAAAAUCACUGCUUUAGAAAAAGACAUUUUUAUGUAUACAGAUAUCGAAUUUGACUUGGACUAUGAUUAAAUUUUUUACGAAAACUACUGUCUGAUAUUUGUUUUAUCGUCCAGAUGCUGUUUAGAGCGUAUGCGUUACAUCUCUCCAGAAAAGACCUGUAAAGUAGUGUUUCACAAAUGAAAAUAUACUCCUAUGUAUAUUCUUAAGACCACAAAAACAGUUAUCAAUCAAACAUAAACCGACACACUGACUUCCCGUUAUAAAUAGUCUACGAUUUUUUUACUUUCUAGAUAUGAUAGAACAACGCAGUAAACGAAAAAUAACUCCUUCGACGAAAUAUUCUUCUGAUGCAUACGCUUUUAUACCGUUUUCGAAUGUAAAUAAAGAUGCAAUUAUCCUAAAAUAUCAGCUUGAAAUUGAUGUUGUUAAUCCGAACAGUGGCGCAUUCAAAAGUGCGGGUAAUCGUCAUUAAUUAAAAAUUAUAGCCACAGGUAACAGUUUAUUCUUUGGUUUUCUCGAUAACUUUAAAUAUGUCCCAAUUUUUAUAUUAUAUUUAGGAAGUAAACGGAUGUGUAAAUAUGAACAAGAAAAGUUUAAAGAAGACAAACCGGACAGUGAAGAAUUACUGCUUACUGAUUCCUUGAAAAAUAGUGAAGUAAUGAACGUACAAUCAACAUCGCUGUCAACGAUAACGAUCCAUUCCGAUAAAGGUAAAACAAGUUUCAUUGAAACAGAUAAUGAAAAUGAAAAUGAAAGAAAUGAAACACAGUUAGUUGCAGAUGAAGAAGAUAGCGAUAACAAUUAUCAAGCAACUAUCACACAAGAAAAGUAA